AUGGGUUUUGAAGCACCGCUCAGGAAUGUCGUCGUGUUCGGAGCCGGCGGCACGAACAUCGGACACCACGUUGUAAAAGCUCUCCUGGCUCAACCUGAAUCCUUCAACGUCUCCAUCAUUUCCCGAAAAUCCUCCAAGUCGAAAUUCCCGGAGGCCGCUAAGGUACAUUAUGUGGAUGACGCCCUUCCGCACGAGGAGCUCGUGAAGGCCAUGGACGGAGCGGAUGCUGUCGUGUCAGCCAUUGGCUUCGGGUCGCUCGCCGCCGAGGAGAAGCUCAUCGAUGCCGCCAUCGAGGCGAAGGUCAAGCGCUUCCUGCCUUCAGAGUACGGUGUGAACAACACACGCCCGAGUGCCAGAGCUCUCUGCCCGGUCUUCGAUGCCAAAGGGGGCAUCAUUGAUCUGUUGAAAAGUAAAGAGUCCACCGGACUCACUUGGACUGCUGUGCCUACCGGACUUUGGUUGGAUUGGGCUCUUGACCCGGCGAUCGCAUUUGCCAACAUCGACAUCAAAUCUCAUACGGCCAAGCUCUGGGCUGAUGGCAAGCAUACGCUAUCAUGGACGACAUUGCCUUGGGCAGCGUACGGAAUUACUCAAGUUCUGCUCUCGCCUUCAGAGACUGCAAACAAGGUCGUGCCGAUCCGCGGAUUUGAGGCCUCGCAGCAGGACAUCAUCGCUCUACUAGAAAAUUUACAGGAAGUCACCUACAACGUCGAGCACAUCGAUGCGGAAGAUGCUAUCAGUAAAGCGCAGUCAUCAUGGCGCGAGAACAAGGAUAUCUCCUCGGCUUUGCAGCUUGUCAAGGCGGGAUUCUUCCUACACGGGUUCGGCAGCGACUUGGUUGGCGAAAAAAUCGUACAGACUGGCAACGAGUACCUGAAUCUACCGGAGCUGAAGUUCGAAGAGACUGUCAGGAAAGCCUUAGAGCAAUGGGCUUGA